GCCAAUUUCACUUUUAUGCAUUUUUUUUGGCCGAAUUUAUUAGAGCCAUUCAGCUCAAUUUAAUGCCCAACUGCUGGAACAUUCAAGAAGCUCCAAGGAAACUUCAAGGAAUUUUUUUUUCAACUUAUUUAAGCUGAUUAAAAAAGCUGACCGUUCAGCUCUCUUAUUUCACCCUUUUGGACGAAUUUAAUCAGCUUGUUUUAGCUCCAUAAUUGCUCCAAUUUAUUAAGAUGACUUGGGAAACACCAUGGGACGUUUUUGAAGCUUCAUGGCACUUUCUUGAAUUAUUAUGGAAUUUUUUCAGCUUAUUAAAAGCUUAAAUUAAGUGUCCAUUUGGCUGCCAAUUGUCCAUUCGGCUAGCCUUAGUCUUUAGCUAUAAAUACUUGUUUUUAGUUGUUGUAAAGGUUAGUCAUUUUAGGACUGAUUUUACUUAUCGAGAUUUCAUCUCGUGGCGUCUAUCUUUCCUUUGCUUUAUUCCAAACUUAUCACCUCCGGUGUGGCGUUCAAAAUAUAUCUUUGGUUCCUAACUCUCUAUACUUAGCGGGUCAAGAUUCUCUUAUCGUCCUAAGUGCUUAUUUUAUGAUUCGAGUCAACUUUUCCUAUAACAUUGGUUCAAUCUUGGCCUUAGCCGAUUUUUAUUUGCCUAUCAUCAAAUUUCCUUUAACCUUUGUUUGAUCCCUUUAAUAGCCAUUUAUCCAUCUCUCUUUCAGCCUUUUUAAAAUCAACCCAUCAACUCGCUUCCACAUCCAUUACGAAACUAACCAUUCGAACCUAUCUUCCUUGUUUUUCAUCCCCAAUUUUGCAAACCAUUCAAACUUACCCAAUUUAACGAUCGGGCAACUAUUACGACUCAAAUCAUCCCGAGGUGAGUUCGUAUCAUUUGGUAUCAGAGCUAGUUAAAAUCGAUGUAAGUACUGAUAUUUGUAACCCCGGGUUCGUAAAUCAGAAAAAAGUUAAAAAACAAAAAAAAAGUCAUUUCGUGAAAUUCAAGUAUUGCAUUGAAAGUAUCAUUUUGUAGUAAAAAAAAAAUUCGAAGUUGAAAAAAAAAAUUCAAAAAAAAAUUCAAAAAAAAAGGUUCUGUUGAUAGUGCUAAAAGUUGUAUUCAUCUUUUGUAAAUCCCGAUCAUCAAUUUCUUGCUACUAUCACCAUCUACCCGAACGACCACACCUUCACCUUUUAUUUUUUUUUUUCUUUUAGCCCUCCCUUGUCCCAACAUCAUUUCCAACCCAAAACGAUUAUCAUUUUUGUAAGCCGACUCCACACCGACGAGACCGCUAAGUCUAAGUAGUCCAUCGUGAAUCGAGAGAAGUGAAUAGAGUGGAAAAAGGCACGAGUGUGUGGUGAGAAUAUUCGAGUGCGUAAAAGUCAAACGUGUGCGAUUUUUUUUUCUUUUUGAGAGAAUUUGUGAGGUUUUUAUUGACAAAUUUUUUUUUUGUUUCUAUUUUUAAUCACUUUCCUUUUCCCUUACUAAAACUAUGAACCAAGAAGUGUUUUCAGAAUUCAACUAUCAAUAUUUGAUGAAAGAGAUGCGUAGAAUUGUGAAGUCCAAGUUUAACAAGUUGCAUGAGUGUUUGGAUCGAAUCGAGGAAAGAGACCGACAAGAACAAUGUUCUUUGAGUCAAAAGGUGGAAUCAAAGUCAUCACGGAGACAUACAUUUGAUGAUCAUUCGAGGAGAGACUCAUACCGUGAUUCUUAUCCAACAAGAAAGCCAAGACGGUAUGAAGUAAUUCCUGAAUCUGAAAUCUUUCAAGAUGACAAACGAGAAUGUAGGAAAUCCUCUUCAAGUCAGUUAAAGUUUUCAUUUCUGGUGAAUUCUUCACGGAAAAGAGAACAUGUUACGUCUAAGUUUGCGCCUGCGGAUAGUCACUCCCGAAGAGAUUCAUACCAUGAUUUCUAUUCUACUAGGAGUUCAAGACGAAACAAAGCAAACUUCGAGUUUGAAGCCUAUUACGGUAACGAACGAGAAGAUCCGAGAAAGUAUUCAUAUGCGCGAAGAUACUCAUCCACGAGGGAACGCUUGCGAAGAGAUGAUCGUAUUUCGUACACGAAUCUUUCAUACUUUUUCCAACAAAAUUCUCAUAUUGAUUCUUCUAUGUUAUCUUCCUCUUGUAGUGAGAUCAAAAAAUCAUGUGAAAAUGAAAAAGAGAGUGAAAGAAAAGAAAGAACUUGAACGAGAAAAUAAAAUUGAAAAAGAGAGUGAAAGAAAAGAAAAAGAACUUGAACAAGAAAAUAAAAUUGAAAAAGAGAUUGAGAGUGGAGUGAGUCUUUAAAAUAAGCAAUUGAAAAAGAGAAAGAGCUUGAACAUGAGAUUGCAAAAGAAAUGAGUGGAGAAGACAAGAGAGAACAAGAAAAAGUGAGGAGUGUUUUAACUAACCAUUCUAUGAGUUCUCCUUGUAUUGUUUCUUUUCAGGUUCCUGAAGAUUCCAAUGACAAGCUACAACUUCAAUAUCUUUCUGAAGAGAGACAAUUUCGAAUGAUCGAGAAAGGUAAUAUCGAAAAUGAAAUUCUCCUUCAAGAGCUUAAAGGCAAGCAAAGUAAGGAGUCUUUAACAAUUACAUCACGACAAUUUGAUUUGAACAUUGUUGAAAAAGGUGACACUUGGAGAUGGCGUCCCCCUAUAGAGGGAGGGCGGGGAAAUAACCCAAUUCCUUUUCAAACCAUUUGUGGUUCCUUGAGUUUUGGAAAUAAUUCCAUACCGAUCAUGAGCAAGAUGGUUUGUGAUCUUGGAAAUUUUUUUUCAAGCAAGUGGCCCGAUUUGAGGACAAAUCGUCUUCAAGAGGGAGGGAAUGAUACAAAUCCCGACGUAUCAUGGUUCGACACAAUUCGAAAAUAUCGAGCAUGGCCUAAGUUCGAGGGGCCCAAGUUCAAAAUGAAGCCUGAUCUUAAAUUUCAAUGAGCUCAAUUCAGCUUGAUUAUAGUUCAAUGAGCUCAUUUGCUCUUUUUUUCUAGUUUUUUUUAAUUUAAGCAUUUUAUUAGUUGCUGGAAUAAAUUAAUUAAGUCUAGUUAAAUUAAAUUAAAUCAGCUCAAUAAUUUGGUUGUGUUAUUUUUAAUAAAUUAAAAUCUGGACAUUUUUAAUGUGUUAGUUAAAUUAGUUAAUUUACUUAGCUCAUAAUUAUGUUUAGCUUAAUAAUUGGGUUUUAAUAUGUUCCAGCCGAAAUUAAUAUGUCUGAAUUGGAACAUGUUUUAAUCUGUUUUAGUACAGCUAUUUAAUUUGUCUUAGAUUGUGUCCUAGGCUGUUGCUAAUUCAAUGUGUCAAGAACCUGUCUUAGUUUUAGUGCAGCCGAAAUUAAUUGUCUGAAUUGGAACAUAUUUAAUUUUGUUGUCCAGCUGAACAUGGCAUUGAAUUCAGACGAAUUAAAGGUUGUCUUAAGGCUGCCGAAUUUUAAUGUGGCUUGAGCUGACUUUGUUGAUUUCCAAUGUGCAGGCUUGGACCGAAUUUAAUUGAUGAUUAAUUCAACUGAUCAGCAAGGUGCAUUGGACGUUAUUAAUGAGGGAACAUGCACCUGUAUGUUCAUGAACGACAAUUAAGAGAGGGCUGCUGAUUGGAAUUUCCCAUGUAUUUUUUUCAUUCAGCUCAAAAGGUCCUUGAGCAAAUUAAUACUUCUUUGACUUUCGGUGUGCCCCAAGCUGAGUUAUUAAGGCACCAAAGCUGUUCAGCUGACCGAAGCAGCCAAUUUCACUUUCAUGCAUUUUUUUUGGCCGAAUUUAUUAGAGCCAUUCAGCUCAAUUUAAUGCCCAACUGCUGGAACAUUCAAGAAGCUCCAAGGAAACUUCAAGGAAUUUUUUUUUCAACUUAUUUAAGCUGAUUAAAAAAGCUGACCGUUCAACUCUCUUAUUUCACAUAUUUGGACGAAUUUAAUCAGCUUGUUUUAGCUCCAUAAUUGCUCCAAUUUCUUAAGAUGACUUGGGAAACACCAUGGGACGUUUUUGAAGCUUCAUGGCACUUUCUUGAAUUAUUAUGGAAUUUUUUCAGCUUAUUAAAAGUUGAAAUUAAGUGUCCAUUUGGCUGCCAAUUGUCCAUUCGGCUAGCCUUAGUCUUUUGCUAUAAAUACUUGUUUUUAGUUGUUGUAAAGGUUAGACAUUUUUAGACUUUGCUACUUAUAUGAACUUAAUUGUUCUAGUGAGAA